GCAACGCUAGACAACAACAAUACCAAGGCUGACAUGAGCUCAUAUUCGCGGUAGCUCGAGGUGCCAGGACAUUUGAUUGUGCGAAUAAGCACUAAUAAUCGAUUUUAUUGCGAAGACAAUCAUUUAAAGUCGAUGUUUCUUGCCAGGACCAACUCAGGACGCAAUUAUGAGUGGCUAGUGGGUUUAUUUAAUCCAAAAUGAGAGUUAAAGCAAUUAGCUAUCGUCGCUACUAUUGUUGUUGAUUGCGGGGUGUGUCAAUUACCAUGAGGCAAUCAAUAUCGAUCUUGACCCUCGAUAAUUUAAGGUAGACAAGAACAAGGGAAGUUGAACAACGCUGACUAAACAACCUGAGGUUUCGACACCUUCAGUCCAUUGUCCAGGAUUUUAUCCGGACACAAGAGGUUUCACCAUGGAAAAUAACACCGGUUCCAGCACCGACCCGGCAAAUCUGGAUGAGAGCGCGCUUCCUGCAGAGACCGAGAAAGAAACAGAUCUGAAUUUCCCUCAAGACAGUGAACCAAAAACCAUAAAAUCAGUCGGAGGUCGCGUGCGGUUGUACUCCGAGUCUCAGGUGUACACCAUCAGCCGCUGCGAAGAGUCCGAGGCCGCCGACGGAGGCGUGUCCUCGGAGGAGGGCAUGGGCGACGGCGCGCCGUUCCGUGGGAGGUCCCAGUCGGCGCCCGCCGCUCUCUGGGCCGCCAAGCACUACGGACGCCAGCUCCGCCGGAUGAGCGACGAGUUCGACACCUGGCUGGACCGAGGGGAGCAGAAGCGGGCAGGUAUGUCCGGCGCCCCCCGGCAGGGCCUGCGUGGGUGGUUCUCGUUCCUCUGGAGUCCGAGAGAGGAGGAGGGCAGAGACUGAAGCGCCCGCUGGCCGUCCCCUCCCAUCACCCUCCCGCUGAUCCCUCCAUCACAUCGUCUCAUCGUCUCUAACCAGCUACACACGCUGUCCAGACUCCGGCCACGAUGCCUUUUCUUACCUGUGUACAACACACACACACACACACACACACACCUCCUGGGAGGCUUGGAGCUGGGAGUCUGAAGACUAAAGGGGAAACGUUAAUAUCUUGCAAUAAUUGGUGGAUAAGUGUAUUUUGCAGAACCGAUAACUGUUAGUUUAAUCUGACAAUCUCCAAAGUGACAAUCUCUCUCUACAAAAAUAGAUGACAAUUCACAGAUAUUUAAAAAUUAUUUAUCAAUAUUUACAAUUUAUAGUGUAAAAUAUUUCUACCAUAAGUGUUAUUUUGUUCAAUGUCCUUUUCUAGUAUAAUAUAUAGACAUGUAUCACAAAAUGUGUGCGUACAAUCAAAGGUUAGAUAAUCUCCUGACACAACCCAAAUAACUGCUGACGAGAAGCCGAGACACAACCAGGACUGAUAACGAGGACUGAUUCUUCAGAGGAUAAUGAUGUAGUCGCCCUUACCUGGCUCAGGAUUUAUGUUUGCUCACCUUUGCCAUUGUGAACUACCUGUAGUUGGACUUUACCUGUGCGCAUGUGUGUAUGCCGCUUUAAAUGCGUACAGAUUGCCUGCGCUCCACUUGCGGAAGACUGCGCACCUCAACUGGAAUGACUUGUUUAUGUGCAUUUCCAUUAUUUAAAUAUUUAUGGCAAAAAAUACAUUAAUGUUAUUGCUGUUUGUUUGUUUGUUUUAAGUUGUAAACAUUUCAUGUGUGCAUAUUGGUGGGACACUUUGUUGUUGUACAGGAUACCUGUAGACCCCCCUGAGUGUGUAAUGAUGAGGUCACCUGAAGCCCCUUCACUUUGCCUGCCACACUUCGCCUGCUGAGUACAGCACACUCAGACUGUGCCUCCCAGACCACUGCUGACCAAGGCCGCCUGCACGGGACAGGCCUGUGGGCUGAUCUGGCCCUGAUCCGGCUGGGAUGUGGCCCACAUGAGGGCCAGGUCUGGCCCACAGUCCACUGCCAAAUUAGACAGUCACCUGAGGUGGGAAAGGGCUUCUGGAGGUAGUCUCUCAGUGAUCAGCCAGACUGCUGGUGUUCUACUUGAAAUGUACCUGAACUAUUUAAAAUGCUGGUUUUUACCACUCUUUAUAGACAUUUGUAAUUUCAUACAAAAUGUUUUUACUCAUUUUUAUGUUUUUACUCAUUUUUUUUAUUUUCUAUGUAAGUACUGAUCUGUAUUUGUAUUUCUUUUAUACCAUUUGGUCAAAUAAAUGAAUUUCAUGGACUGCA